GGAAUCGGUGACCCGAAUGGAAAAUUCACCCUCAACGGAAAGCCGAUCACCCUUCUGGGCGGUUCCUUUCACUACUUUCGCUCGGUGCCCGAGCACUGGCCCUCCAUUCUGCUGAAGAUGAAGGCGGCCGGACUGAACGUCGUCGACUUCUACAUGCCCUGGAACCUGCACGAGGAGAAGGAAGGUCACUUCGACUACACCUCAGGACGGCUGCAUCUGGCCAAGUUUCUCGAGGAAGUGAAAAAGGCGGACAUGUUUGCCUCGGCCAGGCCGGGGCCGUAUAUCUGUGGUGAAUGGGAGUUCGGGGGGCUGCCUGGAUGGCUGCUCAGGGACGAGCACAUGCAACUUCGGUACAACUACACGCCGUACAUGGAGGCAAUGGAGCGGUACAUGAACCGGUCGCUGGACAUACUGACCCGGUUUCAGUUCAGCGGCGAAAAUGAGGCCGGUGAAAAGUUCAGCGGCAAAAAUGAGGCCGGUGAAAAGGUCAGUGGCGGCCCGAUCAUCAUGUUCCAGCUGGAAAAUGAGUACUACAGCUCCUUUAUGCCCACCUCGGAGGAGUAUGUCCGCCGGCUGAGGGCAAUCGUACGGGCAAAGGGCUUCACGGGACAGCUCUUCAUGUCGGACACCGGCGGGCAGAACUACCCCAUCAAGGGCGUCUUCCCCGAGGCGGACGUCCUCGAGACGGCCAAUCUGGGCAGCAAUUCAGAUACGGCAAAAGAGCUGGCCGAGCUGAGGAGUCGACAGCCGCUGGGAGCCGCGCUGGUCUCCGAAUUCUGGACCGGAAUUCAGGACUGGUGGGGCAUGAAGCACAAUGACGCCUCGGGGUAUGAGGGCCUCGAACGGGAACUGAAGAAGAUUCUCUACGCGGCAAAUGCGUCGGCCAACUUUUACAUGAUGAGCGGCGGGACGAACUUUGGCUUUAUGAAUGGCGCAAAG